UGCUCGGUGUCGGCGCUUUCCGCGGCCGCCGGGCCCGCAAAGUGCUUCCGCAAGUCGGAAAGCGGGCGGAGACCCCGGCCGCCGGCGGGGCAGCCAUGGAGGCAGCGGCGCGGAGGCGGCAGCAUCCGGGAGCGGCGGGUGGCGCGGCCGCGCAGCCGGGCGCCUCCUUCCUCCAGGCCAGGCACAGUGCCGUCAAGGCUGACGAAGCUGCUGGCACAGCUCCCUUCCACCUUGACCUCUGGUUCUACUUCACCCUGCAGAACUGGAUUCUGGACUUUGGCCGCCCCAUUGCCAUGCUGGUGUUCCCUCUCGAAUGGUUUCCACUCAACAAGCCCAGCGUGGGGGACUACUUUCACAUGGCCUACAACAUUAUCACGCCCUUCCUCCUGCUCAAGCUCAUGGAGCGGUCCCCUCGCACGCUGCCACGUGCCAUGAUCUACCUCAGCAUCAUCACCUUCGUCAUGGGCGCCAGCAUCCACCUGGUGGGCGACUCUGUGAACCACCGCUUGCUCUUCAGCGGCUACCAGCACCACCUGUCCGUCCGGGAGAAUCCCAUCAUCAGGAACCUCAAGCCAGAGACGCUGAUCGACUCCUUCGAGCUGCUCUACUACUACGACGAGUACCUGGGCCACUCCAUGUGGUACAUCCCCUUCUUCCUCAUCCUCUUCAUGUACUUCAGUGGUUGUUUCACUCCCACCGAGAGUUCAAUGCCAGGGGUGGCCCUGCUCCUGGUGGUGCCCAGUGGCCUGUACUAUUGGUACCUGGUCACCGAGGGGCAGAUCUUCAUCCUCUUCAUCUUCACCUUCUUCGCCAUGCUGGCCCUCGUCCUGCACCAGAAGCGCAAGUGCCUCUUCCUGGACAGCAACGGCCUCUUCCUCUUCUAUUCCUUCGCCCUCACCCUCCUGCUUGUGGCGCUGUGGGUCGCCUGGCUAUGGAAUGACCCUGUACUCAGGAAGAAGUACCCGGGUGUCAUCUAUGUCCCUGAGCCGUGGGCCUUCUACACCCUCCAUGUCAGCAGCCGACAUUGAGUCCCUGGCACCAGCCACUCACCAGUGCUCUGCCCGGUGGAAGAUGGGCCAGAGAGUGUGUCUGAGCAGGGAGUGUGUGUGUGCGUGUGUGCGUGUGCACGUGUGCGUGUGGGUGUCUACGUGUGUAUCCGCCCGUGUGUGUGCAGUUGUAACUGGAUGGGAUACGUGUUGUGCACAUGGAUGGGAUGUGUGUGUGUGUAUGUGUGUGUAACUGGUAACAGAGAACAUUGGUAAGGAUACACGUGCACAAGGACAGGUUUGUGUGUGUGUGUGUACGCACACAUGCACACACAUAUGUACAGAGUGCCUCAUUGUUUAUAUGCAAUUAUUUGGAUCAGGUUUCUCUUUGGUUUGUAUCUUUUCAGGCGGGGCUAUAUAGUUUGAAACCGUAUGUCCAGGCCAAGGUCUGGGCCCUGCCUUCUCUGACCGGAGUGGUCACUCUCACUUACUGCUCAGGGCUGGUGUCUUCCUGGGGAGGCUUCUGGUAGCCAUGCUGGGUAGGCCUGGUGGGCGGGGCAGCAACCAUGAGGGGACUGGGCUGGUCUUCUGCCACCAGGCUCCCCCCUCAGACCUGCCCUGACCCUGGAGGCCAGAUUACAAAGGUUAAGUUAACUUCCUGCAUAUUGUUGAGCAAAGCACAUCCCUCCUCUGGGCCUCCUUUGCACUAGCUGGGACCUGGGCCCAAAAUGUGUCUGUGGGCUGGUUGUUGGGGCAGCCUUGGGAUGGACGGACCGUUCUCUCCUGUCACUGCCCUCUGCUACUCCGGGAAGGGUAUGUGUGCCGCAGAUCCUCACCCAAACUCACGUCCUGUGGAGUGCUGCACCGCCCCGACCCUGGAGAGCCAAAGGCCAGCCCACUCCCCUGACCGCCGUUUCCCUCUGCCAGAAGCUGUCUCCCUGCUCCCCACCAGAACUGAGGCACCCUUUCCUGGCACCCUGACCAGGAGGUCUGAGCUGCAGCUGAACGCUGCGUUCUCAAACACUUGCAGUGUGCCCUGAGCCCCAUUAUAGGGCCAGGGGGCCUUUGGAGGAUGUUGGGAGGGUGAUCUGGAGGCUCUCCCCCAUAGACUUGUCUCAGCCUGAAUCUCAUGCCUUCUGCUCACAGCCCUGCUUCCAGAAAAAGGAAGCUUCAUUCCCAGUAGGGAAUGAAGGGCCCACCUUCCCCCAGGUCUUGGGGCCAGAUCUGCCCACACAGCUGCCUGCACCAGUCUCAUUUUCCAGCCAGCGCUGGCUCGGUGAGCUUGUGGAUCUCAGGGGGCCUCCUGCCUUGCCUUCCCCAGGCCCUGCCUCCUCUCCUGUGUUCUCAGGGAGCCCCAUGCCUCAGAUGCUCCUUUCAUGUUGGGGUCCCUUAGCAGCCCCCUUAGAGGUCCCCAGCCCCAGGUCCCACAGGCAAAGAGAGGUGCGAAUAAAGACCAGUGCGGAGCCCAACCUGGCUGGUGGCUGCUGCUUGCUUUGCGUGUGAAUUUGGGCAGCAGGAGGGAGCUCCCUGGGGCAGGGGAGAAAGUGGCUGGUGUGAGGCCUGUCAGUGGCUGAGCAGGCGCCACCACUGGCCAUCCGUGCCACCCUGUGGGAUGCUGGGGGUGGGGGACAAGAAGGGCUUCUCCCAAUCAGUCCCAGCUCUCUUCAGAGAAGUCUGGGGCAUAUGGGGAGUGGGGAGCCAGGAGAGAGCUUCUCCAGGCCUGCCUCUCAGAGAUGGCCCCUCAGGCCUCCCAGCUGCACUGUCAGCCAUUCCAGAGGCUGAAACAGAAAGGUGCCCUUUGGGGGGAGGUGGGGAGUCAGGUUUGUUGGAGGUUGGCCCUGAGCCUUGGGCAAGUCGCUUACUCCCUCGACAUCUCAGACUCACCACCCAUCUCCUGGGACUUACCAGGGGCUCCUGUUAGCAGACAGCACAGGAAGGGCCAUGCUGGACAGGAGACGUUCGAUGGUCGCAUCGUCGGAGGCUGUGCCCCUACUGGCCCAGCAAUCUCGCCAGAUCCCUUCCCUGCCUCGAGGACACUUCUCCUUCCACCCGCAUCUGCCCGGUUCUCCACAGCAAGACUUGUUGGGUGUCUUAUGAGCAGGCACAGGCCUGGUCACGUGGGGCCUGAAGCUCAUACAACUUGUGGGGAGGGCAGUCCUUGAUAAGAAAACAGAAAAAAAAGUGAAUAAAAAAUUAGGUAUGAGGG